GAGCAAACAGCUGAUGCAUUUAAGCAUGUUCCCCAGUUCUACAGCCAUGAGGGGGGCCUGCAGGACAGCUCACAGGCAGAAAGCAUACAGGCUAGCCAGGAAAUCCUGUGUGCUGGAAUCUCCAGGCCCACCCCUGAGGAGAAGAAACCCCAAACCUCCAGAAGCUUGCUGAGGCUGAGGAGACGGGCGAAGGCUCGGGUGUCAGGGGACAGGGGAUCGGUGUGUGAGGUGCUGCUAAGCAGCACUGGUGAAACGGUGACAAAUCAAGUUGCCAGUACAGGGGAACUUCGGUCACCAGUCUUCAGGCAAAGCAGUGUCUCAGCCACUGAGGAAACUGCGCCGAGAGCGGCAGGACCAGCACAUGUGCAGAGAGAAGAGAACGGUUUCACUCCUCCCAGUGCAGCAUCGGGAGCCACACAAGCCUCUGUCCCGCCAGGAGCACCUGAGCUCUUCCCACAUGCCCUGCAGGGCUGCAGCAGCGUCUGGCAGCCUGAAUCCCAGGGUGCUGUGCCCACAUCUGACGACCCUGAGCCUGCACAGCCAUGUUCAGAGAACAGAGACUCUGCUUUAGGUGACGUCAGUGGUGAUGGAGGAAAAGAAUCCCCCAGUAUAAUAAGACAAACGUCUGGUGAGAGUACGUGUGAAGAUCAGGGGGAAUUAUGUAGGCUCUUGGAUUUAAUGUCAGAAAAUGAAGUAUUGUCUCCUGACGGAAAUAAGACUGAAACUAACGAGACCAAAAGCCACGAAGGGAAUCAGAGUGACACUAGUAGCUUAGAUCCCUUUCCGACAGCUCUUGCUGUGGGUGGUGUUGAAGAACUGCUGGAGAAUCAACAGCUUGAAACUCAGUCGAGACUUUCUCCUCCGGAAAAGGCGGCAGCUCCUGGAAGCGCCCUGAGCUCGUGCACAGUGGUUGAAGGGCUUCUCUUCCCGGUUGAAUACUACGUCAGGACAACUCGGCGCAUGUCCAGCUGCCAGAGGAAGGUGGACCUCGAUGCUGUAAUCCUCAGCCAGCUGGGCAGGAGCAAGAAGGGUCAGCGAAGUAAGUGCAAGCCCAGAGAUGCAAAUUCGGAUCAGCCCUCCCAAGAAAGAGCUGAAAAUUAUUUGGAGUUGGGGGUUGUGCCGUUCCCCUGUCUUGGUGCAGAAAAUGAUCCAGCAAAUUUGGGUAGUCCUCAGGGAUCUCUUCCUGCCUCCAGCGGCAGCAGCGCUUCCCUUGGAUCCAUUUCCCAGAGCAGUAUCACUAGCACAGGGCAAGAUCGGAGACGAUCACAGAGGAAGCAGAAAGGAAGAAGAAAGUCUGCCAGCAACCCCCCCGCGCUCCUGGUGUCACCAGAACUCAUCGAGAGCCUGGAUGUUGGCAUGGCGAGGGAAGGCAGUAGUCUGCUGACGAGUGAGUGUCAGAGCCAAAAGGAAAACUGUCAUGCUGGUCUUGGAAAACCACCUUCAGAUGAGAGAAAGUUCUCUGCUGCUGCAGCUCUUGGGGCUGCAGAGACAGGAGUGGCUGGUGCUGUAGAGACAACGAGUGCGGAUCCUCCUCCGGGGGGGAGCCAAGUGCUGGACAAGUGCCGUAAGACUCCGUUAGAACAGUCUCAAAGGCCACUCCAGAACAGCAGCUCUCUGCCCCCAGGGAACGGAGCUUCUCCCAUCCACGCAGGAGAUCUGGAAGCCAACUUCCAUGUGUGCCAGGCUGAUGGAGAGCCAGCGGAGCCUGUGGGGAAUGAGCAGGUACCCGGAGCCUGCAGGGCCGAGCUGCUCCCCGCAGCUAACGUCCCCCUGCGCCGCUCCCUGCGUUGCGCUGCGAGACAGAGAGCAGGACGGCACGUGGCAAAAGGUCCAGAGAGUCCUGAGGGUCCUUCUCUUGGCCUCCCUGCUGUGGACCUCGAUACCUGUGGCUCUCUCUUCUCCUUCCGCAGCUUCCAGUGGCUGGCCCCCAGGCUGGGUGUCACUGACUUCCACUUACCUGAUGAGGAAUUUGGACUACUAAAACUUGACAGAGUAGAAUCUUCCCCCAUGAAUGACUUGGAGGUGUUUGUUCCGAGUGUGUUUGGAGAUGGGCUGGCAUCAGAGGACACACAGGGUGCACAAACCAAUCUGGAAGAAAAAGGCCUCAGGAGUGAUUUGACUUCGCCUUUCAAAACCGCGUUGCCCAAUUCACCUCCCGCAGAAAGCCCAGCUCCCAAGAAGGAACUUUCCACCCACGAAUUGCUGUUUACUCCCAUGGGGACUGUCUUAGCUGGUGCUCCCACUCAGUCCGGGUCCCAGAUUUCCUCAUGUGUGUUCCCUGCCGUGGGUGCAACCCCGGCUGUGUCACCCUCAGUGCACAGUGAGGUGUCCCCCAAGACACCUUCCAUCCCUCCGAGCCUGCAUUCCUCCAACAGAGCAUCUUCCCAGGGCGUGCAGGAUGGAGGGUGCAAAGGCUCUGCCAUCCUACUGCACUUAGACCACUGUGGUGCAGGACCUGCUAGACAAGAGGAGGAGCAAGGUCCAGUGUUUCCUGCAGCAGCUGAAAGAGGUCCCAGUAAUAACUGCGAUGGGGCUGUGGCCUUGGAGAAGCACCAGCACUCCGAGAGCAAACAGCAGGGAUCCGGCAGAGCUUCUCCUGAGCAGGAAAAAGCUGUAGCAGAACAGUCAGCUCCGGUACUGCUUGAUGGCCUGAGAGAAGAGAGCUUGCAGCUUGUAUCAAAGCUAAAGGAUUGUUCGAGUUCCUGCGCCGUGGAUGUGAGCACCGCGUGGUGGGAGGCAGCGGGCUGCAGAGAGCUCUGUGUGGUGACAGCCUGCGAGAGCUCUGUCUCCCUGUGGAAACCCCUGGGGCCUGACCGCUGGGCAAGGGUCCACACGUGGCAGCUCGGAGAGAUUCCUGUAAUACAGAUUGUUCCUCUGCCAGACUCCUGCAAUCUCGUGUGUGUAGCACUGGGAGACUUGGAGAUUGGAGAAAUAAGGCUCCUGCUUUAUUCUUCUGAGAAUGACUCAUUCAAGCAAUCACUAGUGAGAACUGGAAACAUAAAAGCUGUUCUUGGGCUGAAGGACAGGAGGCUGGUCAGCAGCAGCAGGACCGUGCAGGAGCAGCACGUGGAAAUAGUGUCCUUUUCAGAGACAGGAAGGAGCAGGGAUGGACAGACUUUGAUGGCCCCUGAAGAGACCGUUUCAGCUUUUGCUGAAGUGGAAGGAAUGAGGGAUGCCCUGGUUGGCACCACUGCAGUGAACAGCGUUGUCGUUUGGAAUCUGAGAACAGGCCAGCUCCUGAAGAAGAUGCACGUUGGUUAUUCCUACCCAGCUUCCAUCUGCCAUCGAGCCUAUUCCGACUCCGGCCUCCUCUUUGUGGUUUUGAGCCAUCCACACGCCAAAGAGAGUGAGUCCUGUGGAAACCCUGCGUUCCGAGUGGUGGCGUUCAACCCCAGCACAGCCAGGAGCAGGGGGGUGCUGGCCUCCUCCCUCCCGCCUGGGCACACUGGAAGGUACCUGGAGGGUGACGUGAGGGGCGCCUUGGCCGCAGCCGUGCUGACAUCGGGUGCCGUGGCGGUGUGGGACCUGCUCCUGGGCCAG